AUGGGCAACUGCACCAAGACCCCUGAGAGGAAGGUCUCCAAGGACGGCAAGCAGCGCUCAGGCGCCCCAGGCCCCCGGCCUCUGGCAGGCAUCGACCCCGACGACCCGGACGCCGCCGCGCAGACCCCGCCACUGCAGAGCUACUCGGUGCUGCAUGGGCUGGUGGGGCCGGCCUGCAUCUUCCUGCGCCAGAGCAUCGCCAUCACCCAGCUCGACCGAGAGCUGCGGCCGGAGGAGAUUGAAGAGCUGAAGGAAGCCUUCCGAGAAUUCGACAAGGACCGUGACGGGUACAUCAGCUACAAGGACCUGGGCGAGUGCAUGCGCACCAUGGGCUACAUGCCCACCGAGAUGGAACUCAUCGAGCUGUCGCAGCAGAUCACUGGGGGGAAGGUCGAUUUCGAUGACUUUGUGGAGCUGAUGGGCCCCAAGAUGCUGGCAGAGACGGCCGACAUGAUUGGGGUGAAGGAGCUACGGGACGCCUUCCGUGAGGGUCAGCAACUCAACUACCGCGAGGUGGACGAAAUCCUCAAGGACGUGGAUCUCAAUGGGGACGGCCUGGUGGAUUUCGAAGAGUUUGUGCGAAUGAUGUCACGCUGAGGCAACAAGUGCCAGUGCAGGGUGCGGGACAAGAGCCCUGCUGUGCCUUACGGAGAGGAGGGGGCUACAGAGAGCUGGCUCCAGCGGCAGCUUGGAGGGUCCGGACACCAGAGCAGCACAACGCGCAAGCACUGAGCAAGGACCUCACCUCUCCAAUGCUGGCCCUGCCACAAUGCACCCCGACCCCCCACGCCGGCUCCGCUGCUGAUCUCUGCCUGCACCCCAGUCUGCUCAUCCUGCAUCCCAACCCCACACUGGCCCCUGGUCCACUCUGCCCACACCCCCAGAUGGCUCCGCCCGCACCUCAGUCCAUGCCAUCCCUUGCUCCUGAGAUUGGCCUGCACCUCCAAGCCCUGGAGCAGGCCAGUGCCUGGAACACGGACUCAGCCAGGCAUAUACCUUCUAUCAAAGUGCUGCUCCCUGGCUCCAACAAUGCUGCCCCUCUCACCUUAUCCCUGCUCCUGUUCCCACCCUUUACUCUGCCCCACCACCCUGACCUUGCCCUUGAUGCUGCCCCUAACACAGCCCCCCCACACACCAAGCCCUCCCCCCAAACACUGCAAUCCAACCCAGGUAACACUGUUCCCAACACCCCAAACCUGUCCCCAACCUAGGGCUGUCCCUGGCAUGACACCCCGGCAAUCUGCAUUCACCCCAAUGCUGUCCCCCUGACCUUGUCUUCCACACCCUGGCCCCACUCCCCAACCCAAAUGCUGCCCCCUGCACCUUUCCAAUUCUCCAGACUGGUUCCCAGUAGGUUUAGAGUGUGUUUCCCUGUGACUCUACCCAGCCUGUGCCCCUUGCUUGUCCCCCAAGGUGUUCUGUUUGUGAGCCCAAUAGAUGAUCUAAUAAAGAGUUGUUCUUCUUCA